AUGUCUCAUAGAACAGCGAAGAAGAAUCAUCACAAAGAUCGUGAAUAUAUCGAUCGAGCACCCAAAGCUACAAACGAUGAUGAAGAUGACUUUCAUUCGGCUGAUGAAGAAAACGACGAAGAUGACUCGAUUGAGCAAAUUCGAAUACCUCUAGCCAUGUGGGAUGUCAAUCAAUGUGAUCCUAAACGAUGUACUGGUCGUAAACUUGUUCGACAUGGAUUUGUGAAACCAUUGAAGUUAGGGAAUCAUUUCGGUGGCAUUAUUCUAUCUCCAAUGGGUCAGAAAUGUGUUUCGCCUGAAGAUAAGCAAAUCGUUUUGGAAAGUGGCAUCGCCGUUGUCGAUUGUUCAUGGGCGAAACUAGAUGAAACUCCAUUUUCUCGAAUGAAGGGUAAACAUUUAAGAUUACUUCCAUACUUAGUCGCAACGAACAAUGUUAAUUACGGAAAACCCUGUCAAUUAUCUUGCGUCGAAGCUUUUGCUGCUGCUUUGGCAAUUGUUGGUUUACGAGACUAUGGAACAAUUUUAUUGGACAAAUUUAAAUGGGGACACGCGUUUUAUACAUUGAACGCAUCAUUGCUUGAAACUUAUGAGAAAUGUGAUUCUGCACAGGCUGUCAUCGAAUGUGAUAGACGUUUUCGGACAGGAGAAGAAAGUUUUGGAGACAGUUAUCAGCCUAACCGUGAUAUGCCACCAUCGGAAUCAUCUGAAGAAGAAGAGGGGGACGAAGCGUACGAAGAAAAUCUUCAUGUUGAAAAUCUUUCAUUGAAAACAACGGAUGAAUAA